AUGAAGCCCGCCCGCGUCCGCACCGCGCGGCAUGUCGACUCCGGCCCCGACCUCUUCGCCAACAUCUACAUCCAGUCCUCCUCUGGCGCCUCACACAGCCGUCCCGAGCCCUACACCGCCGGCGCCGGUGGCGUUGCCAGCAGCAGCAGCGUGAUGAUGGAGAGCUCGACGGCGAACGGGCUGCUGAUCGGGCUGCUGUCGUCGUUUGGGUCGGCGCUGUUCAUCGCGCUGGUGUUUCUGGUGGUGUACUUCUUUAGGUAUACCCAGGGAGGCCGCAUUCUGCUGGAUCGGAUUGGGAGGCCCGGGGAGUAUGAUGACGAGCAGAGAUUUUUGAGGGAGGAGGCUGAGGCGCUGGAGACGAUGGAGGAGGGGCAGAGGAUUGAUUAUUUGAGGGCUAAAGCCUUUAUCGAAUCGAAUCCGCCGGAUUCAUUACCUACCGACAUCUCGCUUUCACAAUACCUGGCUAUCCAAGAGAAGGGCGUAUCAGCGUGGGAGUUUGAGCCAGAACUGGAAAUAGCGAAUUGUUUCGUCGAAGCCAGGACGGAGAUUGAGUUCUUCGACAGCGAAUGCUGCGUCUUGAGCAACCUUCCCGUCCCGAAACAGAACGAAGUGUAUUAUUGGGAGAGCAAGAUCUACGAUAAGCCCGAGCAGACUAUGAUCAGCAUUGGCAUGGCUACUAAACCCUAUCCUCUAUUCCGUCUACCUGGCUGGCACAAAUACUCCGUAGCCUAUACCUCCACCGGCCAACGCCGCUACAACCAACCCUUCACCCCCACCUCCUACGGCCCCCCCUACGUACAAGGCGACGUCAUCGGCGUCGGCUACCGCCCCCGCACCGGCACCCUCUUCUUCACCCGCAACGGCAAGAAGCUCGACGACGUCGCCCACGGCCUCAAAUCGCAGAACCUCUUCCCCGCCGUCGGCGCAAACGGGCCUUGCACCGUGCACGUCAACUUCGGGCAAUCGGGGUUCGUGUUUAUCGAGGCGAAUGUCAAGAAAUGGGGACUUGCGCCCAUGACGGGGUCGCUGGCGCCGCCGCCGCCGUAUGGGAGUGAGCAGGGGAGUAUUCUUUUGGAAGCUGGUGGUGCGGGGGGUGGCGCGACGGAGACGGCGCAUAAUCAUCAACCGAGUCGUCAUGGGCGCACGAGGAGCGGGGAUAUAUUCCGCGGUCACACGACCAGUCCGGGGCCGGUGAGAAGCCCAACGGAUAUCUCCCUCGCGCAUCUCGUGCAUAUACCUCCCCCGACUGAUUAUGGGGGAGAGGGGAGCGCGGGACGGGUGGCGGGGUUACAUCCUAAUGCUGUUUUACACGCGGCGGGGCUGGGUAUACAACUCCCGCUCCCAGCACCCUCGACACAGGUGGUGCAGGGGGUCGUGGAGGAUCAUACGGCGCAUCCGCCGCCGGAGUACUCGAGUCCGCCGACGAGUAGGAGGGGGAGUGAUAGUGAUGGGGAGGGGGAGAGGAGGAGGUUGCUUGGUGGAAGUGGAAGUGGAAGCGGAAGUGGGAGGAGGGGGGGGAGGAGCCCGCCGAUCCCGAGUUAUAGUGAUGCUGUUGCUGAGGGAAGGAGGGGGGAGGAGAGGGGGAGGUCGGGGACUGUGUGAUUCCACCCCCCCGGUUUUCCGUUCCCGUUUCCGAUGCUGGAUACGUGGUGUGGUAUGCUGUUUUGAUGAGAGGGGAGGGUUUUUGGUUUUAGUGGGGGUUAAAAUGCUACCGAGGCGUUCAUACAGUGGUGCUCCCUGCAUCCCUUUCUUUUCGUUUGUCUUUUCAUCGUUUGGUUUCGGUCUGGUCUGGGUUUGGGGCAGGGGGGUAUAGCGAUCAUUGAUUUGGGUGGUUGGGAGAGGGACAUUGUCGAAUAUUUAAGCUUUGUUUUUUGUUAUUGGAGGGGAGUUCUAUUAUUUUUGGGGAG